AGCGUCUUCUUUCCGGGAAAGGGAAGCGAAGCUGUUAAAAUACACAGAAGAAGAACAACAGGAGUAGAAGUGUCAGACUGAGCUCCAGCAGCUGAUCGAGUGACACAGACGCGGUCAUUCUUACAGAUGUGGUGAAAGAAGAAGACAAUGAUCUGAUGACCAAACUCGUCCCAGUCAAUGUGGAAUAAUGAUCAAAGAGCUUCACAUAGGGCGCCAACCUCAGUCUGUGUGUGUCCCUGUGAACCACAAGGUGACUCUGAGUGUCCGAGCUGAGGGCUCCGGUCUCCUCAGCUACCAGUGGUUCACUGACGAUGACCAGGAGGUGCCUGGCGGGACUCAACCAGACCUGACAAUCAACGCUAUAAAAACCCAGCGCUAUGUGUGCAGAGCGAACGACUACUACUGUAACUGCGUGUUCAGCAAAUGGGUGAAAGUGAAGGUGUGGGACAUUGAUAAAUCAGGUUUACCAGCGCACUGGCAGGGCGAGCUGCACAUUGCGGUCAACCCAAAACCCCAGACCAUCCGACCAGAUAGAAAACUCACCCUCAGCUGCGUUGCCUUUGGCAUUCCUGCUCCGGAGUACCAGUGGUACAGAAAUGGUCUGCCCCUGCUCAACAUGACCGGAGAUACGCUGCAGAUUGACUGUGCAACAGCUGCACAUGCCGGAUCCUACCUGUGCUCGUUGUCUAACAAGCUGCAGGAGAUAUGGACGACAGCAGUCGACGUUGAUGUUGGUAAUUUCUACUUUGCUUUUGUUUUAGCCACAGACAAAGUUGCCCUACUUAUUGGCAACCUGAAUUACUCCAACCACCCCAGCUUGAUGGCCCCCAUCAUGGACGUGCACGAGCUGUCCAACCUCCUGCAGCAGCUCGGCUUCCGAGUGGUUUCCCUGCUCGACCUCACCAGGGAGGAGAUGCUAGCAGCCAUUGAAAAGUUCAUCCAGCUGCUUGACACAGGAGUUUAUGGCCUUUUCUACUAUGCGGGUCACGGUUAUGAGUGCUCUGGGAGGAAUUACUUGGUCCCUGUUGAUGCUCCACAGCCAUACCAACCUGAAAACUGUGUGUGUGUGCAGAGGGUCAUGUUCCAAAUGCAGCAGAAACAGACAGCACUGAGCGUGAUCCUCCUGGAUACCUGCAGAAAGUGGUACAACCAGGAUCGCAUACCUUCCGUCAUCAUGCCACAGAAACCCAUUGGGAACACAGUUUAUGGUUACGGCACAUGUGAAGAUGCUGAGGCUUUUGAGGUGCAGGAAGGAGUGAAAAGCACUGGAAUCUUCACUAAGUACUUGAACAAGCACAUCCUGCAGUCCGACAAGGUCACACACGUCUUAGAGAAGGUGUCUGAGGAUCUGGGCAGGGACCCUUUAGUUACAGGUAAGCAGGCGGUGGAGAUCAAGCACACCCUGAAGGAACCCCUAUCCCUCGCAGAUCCAGUUUGCACCACUGGCCACACAAAGGAACUCCACCUGCGAGAUGUCUGCUGGAGACAAGCCAAUGAGCUACCACGGAAGAAGCGGCUGAGGUUUCUCUGCGGAGUGGAAGUGGAAGUUGGCUUCUCAGCUUUGUUCUCUAACGUCUUGGUGGCGUUUGCCACCGUGAAGACUGUCGGCCCCCGAACGCACGACUGCACCGUGGCUCUGAGCAGUAUACCUCCUUUGGAAGACAUAUUUUCUGGCCCUGGCCGGUCAGAGGAGAUGGACUCUCUACUUUUUAGCAACUCCAAUAAUCCAGACUGCUCUGUGAGGAUCUGCGCACUUCAGAAGCUGAAGGAGUCGCUGAUCAUCAAGGUGGAUCUACACUAUACCCACACGGUCAGUAAGCUGCGUCAGACGGAGUGCCAACACUUGGACACGGGAAGACCUCUGGUGGCGUCCUGCAAAUUAUACAGAGGGGGGAGUCACGCAGCGACGCACAGGAAACACGAAGGGGCCUCAGCUCAAAGUGGGGGCAGAGUGUCAGGCAGCAAGGCGACUGUGGCUGGUCCACGUCGGCCUUUCACCAGGAAGGCAGAGUGUGCCGCUAAGGUCGCAGUGACACGAAGCAACGAGCCCGAAGAGAACGAUGAGAAUGAACUUUGCGACUUCACUCCUCCAUAAAAGGCCUUUCUGUUUCUAUUACUGUAAAUACUUACUACUUUAACGUGUCUUUUAGCUGAUGUGAUCAGGAGUUGAUGACCAUGUGUCGUAUGAUCAUGAUGAAUGAGUGUGUGAUUGAGAUUUAUUUAGUUUGUCCUCGAGACUUAACUCAACACUGAAGUAAAAGGAACACUUAACUUUUGCCACCCGUUGAUGUCAUCAUACAUUUCAUAAUGUGUCAAGUAUUUCAUGUAUUACAGUUUUUCAUCAGUUGCAAGUUGGCUAGCCUGUUUUGUUAAAUAAAAACCAGUCCUGUCGAUCACC